UAAGACAUUGUACCGAGACAUCGAAGUGGGCUUGUGCCCAACGCAUUAGGCGGACAUGUGGGAUCAGUAGCUCUGUUUAUUUGAAAAUUGGCUUUUGCAGCUUAAAGUAUCGUAGGCCGCUUCACUUGGUGCACUGCUUUUGAAGCCCGUUGACAAAACUUAAAUUUAAUUCGCACAAAUAUAUCUCACAUCAUAAUUCAUAAUUUUUGCUUCCUUUCUUGCAAUAACCAUAAUGUCAUUUCUCAAUCUCUCAACAUUCAGAAAUUGUUCUGGUUUUAUUCAACUUCUAUUUCUCACAAGGACCCAACAAGAAGGAGCUUCUUUAGUUGCAGUUUCCUUUCUACCAUUGCCAUGCUUUCUGCAGUUCUCUUCUUUCGGAGCCAGUUUGUUGUCACUGAUUAAGAGGCCUGAAGGAACUGAAGCACUACCUAAAGGAAUGGUUUCCAAGAACUUUGACUUGCUAAUGCAACCCUUUAUGAGGUCCCUAAUACAAAAAGAACUCAAAGUCAUCAACAAACUUACUGGCCAUUGCAGUUGAAUUAAAGCAAAAGAAAAGUGUGAACAAGAUUGUAAAGAAGUUCCCAUCAAGUCAUUUUGUUGUGGUGCUUUUUUUCAUUAAGCGGUCAUGUAAACGAGUGGAGGGAUUAGGAAUGGAGUGGUGGGGCUAUACAUGUGUCUGCUAUGAAUCAAACUAGUGGUAACUGCCCCUAGCCCUAAUUUUUAUUGAGAUUCGCACAUGUAAAUUUUCCUAGUAAAUUCUAGUAACCUGGUUUGGUUUCCUUUUUAACAUCUUCCUCUGGGACGAGGACCUGGGAAUCGAAAAUUUCAAUGCUGGAAGAGGGGCUUGAGAUAUCACAGCCAGCACUUGAUCCUCACAACUCCGAGGUGCGUCAUCUUCUUACGGCGAGAGACAACAGAACAGAAGUACACAGGAACAUAAACAAGACACUUUGCGGUGGAAGGAAGUGUGAUGAAAACAACACGGAUCCUUCAUGCACAGGAUAUAGGUCCGUGUAUCCUGCACGUCUUAAUUACACGUAUGGCAGGUUUGUAGAAAUGAUGGCUCCUGUUAAUUCAAGAGCAUCCUGGCGCUGCAUACGGCAUAUUAUUCAGAAUGACUCAGUUCAUGCUUGGGUUUUGGGUUUUGGGUUUCCAGCUGGGUUAUUGUGCACAGACAAUUUCUCCAUCUUGGCGAUUGAACCAAAAAUAUUGGAAUUGUUGAUUCUGAGUACAUUAUUCAUUAGGUAUUCCUUCACUACGGGGCUUGGCGGCAAACAAGUCGCCAAUGCAGACAAUUGCAGAAGCACAUGAUCAACCUGCUCACAAUAUAAGCUUGCCUAGUUCAGAACAACUGGUAUCUGACCCUAGACCCGAGGUAAGAACUCUAAUGAAGUAAAAUGUGAGGAAGCUAUCCUUAGUUGAAUUGGAAAAAUUUCAUGAACAGAUUGAAAAAGGCAAUCAGAGAAGAUGACUGCUGGAUUGUUCCAUACCAAAAGAACACCACAGCAAAGCAAAAACACAAAGAGAUUGAUUUCCUAACCAAUCACAGCAUCCAAAAACUGGAUUUCAUUAAAAAGCAGACCAUGAAAAGCAGUUUCCCAAAAAGCACCAGUUUUCAAGACUGUAUAGUAUUCAUUCCGAAACACACAAUGUCAUGCUGUUACAGUUAUAUCAGAACGAGAACAAUUUUCAUUAUUUGUUCCAAGCAUACACGUGGAUUUGUGGAUCUUCUAAUUAAUAUCACAAUUUGUAGCAUUCAAUUGGUAAAAUUUAUAAAUUAUCUCAGUUAUCUA